AUGAGCGGCGCGCAGAUCGCGUUCGACGACGUCCCGUGGCCGCGCUCGGGCGCGUGGCUCCUCCGCCAAUCGCUCGCGAACGCGGGCGACGACCGCGACGUGACCAAGCGCGCGCAUCGCGCGUUUUUCGUGCGUUGGCAUCCGGAUAAGUUCAUCCAACGCUUCGGUCGGGCGUUGGUCGAGAGAGAUCGCGAUCGAAUCAUCGCUCGCGCGUCGGCGACGUUUCGCUCCGCGCUCGCCGCGCGGUGA